AUUUCAGCUGCUACCUAUUUUUUUAUGGCCACGGUCGCGAGCUUCAGCAAUGAGCGCCUGAAAACAGCAAUCAACUCGCCUUGCUGUUGUCCGCCUUGACCAGCGCCUUGUGCUUCGACGCCACAAACGACGAUGAUCGAUGCCGAAUCUCUCCACGUGGAGAGCAAGCCGGAGCGAUUUUAUGAUGAUGUGAGCCAUGCAGCUGGAACACCCUCUUUCGCCGAGGAUAUCCACGAUGCUGCUGCCCAAGAGCAUACGCUCUCCCUCUGGCACGCCAUCCGCCUUUAUCCAAAGUCCAUUGCCUGGAGUCUGGUUAUGUCUACGGCCAUUAUCAUGGAGGGUUACGAUACCAUCUUGCUCGGUAGUCUCUACGCACAGCCGGCAUUUGCAAAGGCGUAUGGUGUCCCAGUGGGUGAUGGCACAUAUCAGCUCGUUGCACCCUGGCAGUCCGGGCUCAAUUCAGGAAGCGCGAUUGGCCAGCUCGCCGGACUACUUAUUGCAGGCCAUCUCAGCGAGCAGCUAGGUUUUAAAAAGACAAUGCUUGGUGGGCUAUUUGCUUGCAUUGCGCUCAUCUUCAUUACUGUCUUUGCGCCAAACAUUACAGUCUUGCUGGUGGGCCAGAUUCUCUUUGGCAUUGCCCUCGGCAUCUUUCAAACUAUUCCAUGCAUAUACGCACUCGAGGUCAGCCCAACAAGUCUGCACGCCUAUCUUACAAACUAUGUCAACUUUUGCUGGACAUUUGGACAGAUUAUCGCGACGGGCCUUAUGCGAGGUGUACUGUACCGAACAGAUGAGUGGGCAUAUCGGAUCCCAUUUGCAGGCCAAUGGUUCUGGCCGAUUAUUCUGAUUCCUGCUAUUACAUUUGCACCAGAGUCGCCUUGGUGGCUUGUACGCAAAGGCCGUUUAGCAGAUGCCAAGCUGGCGCUGCAACGACUCACCACAAAGACGGCGGUUGGAUAUGAUCUCGACAAGUCGAUUACACUGAUGGUUGCCACGACGGAGCGUGAGAGGAGAAUCAACAGCGCCACAUCGUAUUGGGCAUGCUUUGCAGAUGCCGUCAACCUGCGCCGCACCCUCAUUGUCAUUGGCGUGUACAUUGCGCAGAUGCUCAGUGGCGUGUUUUUGCGCGGCUAUUCAUCUUACUUUUUGAUUCAGGCAGGGCUACCCGCUGAUCAAGCAUUCAACCUGUCCAUUGUCAACUUUGCCGUGGCUAUAUUAGGCGGCUUCUGUUCAUGGAUUCUACUGCCACUCUUUGGCCGCCGGUCCAUCUUCCUCUGGAGCUUUGUGCUCAUGCUGAUCUUGUUGGUGAUUGUUGGCGGCCUAGGUGUCCCCAGUGUCCCAGCUGGUGCUGAUAACCCCUACGCGCGAACGAUUGGCGCCAUCCUUAUUGUUUCGUCGUUUCUGUACAACUGCACCAUGGGCCCGCUCACGAAUACACUGUGUGCAGAGUUACCGUCAGCUCUCCUACGAAGCAAGUCACUAGCCCUUGCGCGCUGGGCGUACGCAUUCUGUGCCAUCAUCUUCGGAGUUAUCGUUCCAUACCAACUUAAUCCUACUGCCUGGAACUGGGGCGCCAAGACAGGCUUCUUCUGGGCCGGUGGCUGCCUUGUUUCUAUUCUAUUUACCUACUUUUGCCUACCUGAGCCAAAGGGCAGAAACACAGUUGAGCUUGACAUUCUAUUUGAGAAGCGUAUUUCUGCUCGCAAGUUUGCGGAGACCAGGGUUGAUUUGACGGAUGCUAUGCUUUGAGAAUAUGAGGCGUACGAUCUGGUAUCGAUCAUAGUAUACUGUCUUGUUGAUGAACCAAAAGCGGCCGAUUGUAUAUAUUUUUUCCUAUACCCGACAGAGCAAAUGUGUUGGCCAUUUUGCCAUUUGCCUCGUCAUAUUCUUUGUACGCAUUAGACACAUUUUCACAUUUUCAUGGUGUCAUAUUAUUAAGCGGUUAUAGAAAUCUGAG